GUUCGGUUUAGUCGCGUGCCGAGACGCCGUGGAACGAGAACGUUUCUGACAAGCUGGCUACGUGGAACGCGGGCGACACGCAGCGGGACACAAUCGCCUGGGUCUUGGUGUACACGUCGCGUGAUUUCGGCACGUAAAACGAGUCCGUUUCACCAACCUCGAAACGCACCGCGAUUAAUCACGCGAAUCUCGCCUCGCGAGCGCUUCCUCUUGCCCGGUCGUACUCCAGUACAAACUCGGUCGUCGCCGGAAUUGCCGAGAAAUUGCUCCACCCGCGAGUCAAACUUGCGUGUGUCGUCAUCCAAACUUCCUCCAAGCUAUCGACAGUUUUACAGUGUUCCGUGCUACGCAGUGUACCUCGUACUUAGUCCACGCUUCCUCCACAGUGUGCUCCUGUAAUUUUACGCUAACCCUUCGACAAGGAGAUCGUUUCUCUGCAAUAAUAACCUCGAAACGAGUGAAAUCAUCGACUCGAACUAUCGCAAACUCGCACUACUCCGGUCUUCCGCGACAGCUUGACGAAAACCUGUUCCACGAAACAAUUAAGUACCCGAAAGUGGCCAGAACCAGCCUAGAUCGUAGGCUACCCAACGAGAUCCGGCUGUUACGAACUUCAAAAGCGUCCUGUCUGUUGAUAAUCACCAACGAGUGUAAACAAGACAAGCCCAAGGAUUAGACAACUCUCAGGAUUCCAACGGACACUCGUCGAUCCGUAUUACCGAUUUUCAAUCGUUACGUAGUCCGACUGUAUCGCUGGAAAGGCUGGUCAUUCUUGAACCUUGUCCACCUGUCCCACGGAUCGGUUGGAACAAUGCUGGGAUCGUGGUCGCGGCACGUAAGCUAAAAUCGCGGCCUGUGGCGAGUUAUUGGCGAUUCGUGGCACGCGGGAAUCCGCGUACGACCGGUGUGCGUGGGCCCGUGCGUUUCGACGGCGUUUCCGUGUGUCGAAUGACGAUCGCGUGAAUCGUUACGGAUCACCUGUCCCGUCGAGUGGCCGAUCCGUAGAAUGCUAGAAUCGGACAGAGAGACCGGCUGGAAGAAUGGCGAAUUCGGCACAACGAUGACCCGCGCCGUGGUCCUUGACACGGUGUUAAUAUUAGUAGCUGGUGACCUUCCAAGUAGUCUCGGAAUCUGAGAAUAUUUGUAAAGCAGACGACCAGGGAGGCUAGACAGGUCUCGUCACGCUGGGGAGCCCAGCUAAGCCAGAGAGACAUUAAAGUGUCGUCGAAUCGACGUGGACUGCAUAGCGAAGCGUGAUAUAGCCUGCCACGCUAUUUUCCCGGUGCUUCAGUUACGCGGACAUUUAAGGAGGAAUUAUAAUGGCACCCGCUGCCACGUUGGACUGGUCCGAGCCAUGCCAGCACUGGCGCUAUCCGAAAUUCUGCCCGGCCGGGCAGCAGAAGCAUGAAAGGGCGAAGAGCGCGAUGGAACUGAGCAGCAAGGAGGCGAACACCGCGUACAAAAAGUUCUGCAAGUUCCUGCGCCGGCUGAAGAACAAGAAACAUAGAGAUGGCAACAAAGUCACAACCGUGGUGGCUACAGCCGGUGCUGGUCCGGAUCGUCCCCAAGAGAUCUCCUACACAGACACUAAAGUAAUCGGUAACGGCAGCUUCGGCGUUGUGUACCUGGCGAAACUCUGCGACACGGAAGAACUGGUCGCCAUCAAGAAGGUUCUUCAAGACAAACGAUUUAAGAACAGAGAGCUACAAAUCAUGCGGCAUCUCGAGCACUGCAACAUCGUGGAACUGAAAUACUUCUUCUACUCCAGCGGUGAUAAGAACAUCUUAAACGCAACUAAUCCAGUUUUUCAUGUGGACAAGGACGAAGUUUAUCUGAACCUCGUGCUGGAAUACAUACCUGAAACUGUGUAUAAAGUCGCUCGGCAUUAUAACAAAAGCAAGCAGACCAUACCGAUCAAUUUCAUUAAGCUGUACAUGUACCAACUGUUCCGCUCUCUGGCGUACAUCCACUCGCUGGGGAUCUGCCACAGGGACAUCAAGCCACAGAAUCUACUCCUGGACCCAGAAUCCGGCGUCCUGAAGCUCUGUGAUUUUGGCUCUGCUAAACACCUGGUCAAAGGGGAGCCCAACGUGUCUUACAUCUGUAGUCGUUAUUACCGCGCGCCUGAACUGAUCUUUGGUGCUAUUGAUUACACCACAAAAAUCGAUGUUUGGAGCGCAGGGUGCGUGGUGGCAGAACUGUUGCUCGGCCAACCGAUAUUCCCCGGAGACAGUGGUGUGGAUCAAUUGGUCGAGAUCAUCAAGGUGCUCGGCACACCGACGCGUGACCAGAUACGUGAGAUGAACCCCAACUACACCGAGUUCAAAUUCCCUCAAAUUAAGGCUCACCCGUGGCAAAAGGUGUUCAGGGCACGCACGCCCCCGGAAGCGAUGGAGCUGGUCGCCGGUCUGCUGGAGUACACGCCAUCUGGCCGGAUCACGCCACUGGAAGCGUGUGCCCACCCCUUCUUCGACGAACUUCGGGAACCGGGCACGCGAUUACCGACCGGCCGAGAGCUUCCCCCUUUGUUUAACUUUACAGAGUACGAGCUGCGAAUUCAGCCGUCUCUGAACUCGAUCCUAAAGCCGAAGUGCAUGCCAACUUCGGAGAAUCCAGGAGGCCAGUCGGAGCCGGUCGCGGGGAGUAGCGGUAAUUCUAGUGAUAAUAACGUGAACACCAACACGCUGUCCACCUCAAAGAACACAGACCCCGGCCAGUCGAAAAUGGCUUAAGCUGCUUUCUAUUUUUAACGUUAUUAAACAGAACAGACGUAACACAAAGAAAGAAAGAAAGAGAGAAGAAAGAAAACCCGAGAAUUCACGUGUUAGAAACUAGCCUUAAAAGAAACGAAAAAAGAAAAAAAUUCAAGUACGGUAGAGCAAGAACGAAAAGAAAGAACGAAAGCCGAUAUUCUUCUGAGGAGGAUGUCCAAAAGAACAUACAUACACAUACACACAAUCCCCGAUUGUAAAUUUUUUGAACUCGAUGCAAAUGGCGAUACCGUGUGGUAUUUUAAGCUUUGUUCGCUUGAAACACGAACGAUGAAAUAUUAUAGGAUUAUUAAAAGAUGGUUCCCCUCUUUGUAACGGGUUCGCUUGAGGACCCUCUGAAUUCUGAGUGGCGUGUGCGAACGCUUGAUUGCCACCUUAUUGCCAAAAAGAAAAAAAAAAACAAAAAAAAAACAAAAAAAAAAUAUAAUUGAAUUCAAUGUAUAUAUAUUAUAGGAACUGGCCCGUAACCUCUUUAAAUGAUAAUUGCUAUAAACAAAGAAAGAAAGAAACAAAACAACAAAAAAAUAUGAACGCGAAUUUUUUCUAGUUGAGGAAAAACAAACGAUGUGUAAUCUAUCAUACACUGUGUGUAGUAGCGCGUUUACGUCGCUUGCGUCGUCGUCAUUUCAUCAUUCGAGAACACAUAUACACACACACAUACACAUAUACAGGUACACGAUCAUACGCAAUUUAAAAAAGAAACAGGAACCAGCAGCUUUUUAACACGGGUGUCGAUGAAUUUUGGUGAUUCAAGGAGAAACAGAGAUCGCUAGACUCUUGGCUUUCGUGAAGAAAAAAAUGGAGAACAAGUGAGAGCAACCAGAAGUUCGAUGCUUCCUCCAGUAUGUGUAACAACGAACCGGAGGAAAGGAGACGAAGAUUAUUAUAACGAUUAUUGUAUUGUAUUAAAGAACACGCGUGCCACGUAGGAAUAUUUUUUAUUGUGUUCAAGAUUCGAGCGCCGAUCAAUGUUCUCGCAAGCGAUAGGGAAAUUUCACGCGGAGAAUCUCACGAAUGAACACCACACCAUACUCUCACACAUGCAAACACCUACACGUACAUACACACAUACACCUACACUAGUAAUUUGCGUGCACAAUCUCUAUUUAUCGUAAGACGAAUUUCCGCGACGCGAGAGAUGCUGCAUGUACCAGCACGAUUAGCAGCGAAAGAGGAAAGUGUAUCCUUAAAGAUUUUCGACGAAACGCGACGGAAGUUUCUAUUGUUCAGACACGACAUCGUAAAACACCAUACAUAUGAAACACCAUAUACUACACAUUCGUUCGUGCCUAUUGUCAGCCAUGCCUGGACGAUUCGAAUCGUUAUCCUCUAUUUAAUGAAUGGACGCUAAUUAACUCUAAUACUCGAUCCGUUACGGAUUUAAUCGUCACGCGAUUAUUGUUGUACAUUCUGUCGCAAGUUUUACCAGACCCUCGGCUUCACCGAGCGACCUUUUUUCAUCCUUCGCGACGAAACUCUACGCAGCAGAGAGCGAUUUUUUUUUUUUUUCUUUUUAUAGACCGGUCACAAAAAUUUCUGUUAUUUUUUUCUGUUAUUUUUUUUUUUUUCUUUUCAUUUUCAUUUUCCUUCCGCGUCAAAUAUUCCAGGAACGUUUCCAACGUUCUCGUUUCUUCUGUAUCGGCGUAUGAACGACAGGCAAAAGUAAGAACAGAUUUGUAAGCGAAUUGUAGAUUAUCCUUUCGUGCGCAUCACCAUGCAUACUUUAUAUGCCCGUGAGAGAGAAAGCGCAGUCAUACGGGGCCUCGGAGUUUCUUGAUCGAGAUGUCGAACCUUCUGCAAGGUCACAAUCGUUGUCUCGCUCAUGAUAGCCUUGGGAAAUUAUGCGGUGAUAAGAAUGAGUGAGAGAAGUGUACGAAGAGAUUUGUACGUUUUGUGUGAUGAAUUCCGAUUCUCGAGAAUAGUAAUAGAAAAGAGAGAAAAGAAGCCCUGUGCAGCUGGACCUUUCGGGGCAUGUCGCGCGUGACUUAGCCGUCAUUUUGCACGUUUCUACAUAUCAUGUCGCGUCGCAAGAAACCACAAAAGGGAGGCUGCCGAUGAAAGUUGAUACCGAAUGAUUUAUUCAGUUCCUUUUUUAGAGAAAGGACGAACGUUGAUAAAGAAAACAGGGAAAGCGAGAGAAAGAGACAGAGCGCGAGAGGAGAGAGAGUGAUAGAUGCUAAGCAGAUAGAGAAAGACAGUGGGAGGGAGUGCGUGCGAGCCAGAGUGAAAGAGGCAGCAAAUGAGUGAGAAUGAGAGAGAAAGGAAGAUGCUAAGACAUUCGUUUCAGAGUUUUUAUGAACGUUGAUGCGAUGUAAAUUACGUUUUUUAACGAUUAACACAGACGAUUAUUUUUUUUUUUUUUUUUCCUUUGGGUGAAAUGUACUUUGUUGCUAAGCACUUAGGUAAAUUUAUCCAUUUCGUUUCUCCUCUAGUCCGAACACGCAAAACGAACGGAAAUGCAAUUACGAUUUUUGAUACACGGUUCACGGAUAAAGAAAGAAAAGAGUAAUCCUCGCGUUCUAGCGAUCGGAGAAUAAUUUGUCCCCGUUCUUGCGUCAAAAGAAAAGCGAAAACAGACCCGGACGUUCGUCACGAUACGUAUUGAACAUGGAACUCUUAUCGAUAUAUAGGUACUUUCCAGCAUUUCUUCAUAAAUCUGUUAUUUAUUCUAUCGAUGCAAACAAUAAUGGUCACUACCUCGAUUCCUGUCUGAGAUCGGUGAUUACAUAACGAUUCGCUUCUUUCAUAUUCCACGAAAUUCCGAUCUGCGAAAUAAAAGCUGAAAAAGAACAAAAAUAUCUCCACCAGCCUGCAGCCAGUACGUUAAAGUUUCGAUAGCCGCCAUUAUUUCUGCAUUCGCUUGAUAUCUUAUAAGCCUUCCUAUUUUCUACGCCGUCGUGAGGCAACGGAUCACUUCGAAUGACCAUCAGGCGAGUUGUCGAUCACGCUUCAAGAAUUAAUGCGCUCGAAAUACAUAAUACAUGCGGCAUAACUCUCGUUUGUGAUCGAAAGAGAAUAUUAGUCAUCGUGGUUCGCGUUAUUUAUGCGCUCACGCGACGCGCAGCUGGCCCGAUGCGACUUCGUUUCCUUUGUCGAUCGACAUCUAGAAAACGGGGAAAAGGGAGAGAAAUAGGGGAGAAAAUACGUGAUAUCUGUACGCUGAAGGAGGAAAGGGAAAAGGGAGAAAAGGACUUCCAAACCCACGAGAAAUCGCGGGAUGGCCCCGAGUCUAACUGUGAGAAGCGGGAGGAAGCGAGAUGAGGGAGAACGAAAAAGAAAGAGAGAAACGAACGUGAAAAGAUCACGCACGACUCGAAGUAUAGAUUGUUGGUUAAUUGUCAUAAUUAUUCUACUAAUAAAGAAAUCCACCAAUUUAGUUCUGACUCAGUCCUUCUCGUGUUCUGCGAUUCUGCGUGCUUGGAACAUCGUGUUAACGCAGUUAGAGGGAAGAAAGCUAAUUCAUAGAAAGCUGCCAUAGUCUAGGAAGAUGGGGGACGAGCUAUCGUUAUCUUACGAUCGGGAGAAUCGGAUCCAUGGUAAAUUAGGCGAAUGAAAUUGUAUUCCGUGCGCAAAUUGCCCAUGGAUCGAUUCCUGUACUUCUCCAUUUUGUUCCGUUUUUCUUUUUCUUUUUUUUUUGUUUUUAUUCCGAAAAAUUCGACCACAAUAUGAUACACGGAGAUACACGUUUACACAGACAUUUGCAGAAUGUAGGAAAGCAACAUUGCGAGGGAAGAGCCCGUGUAAAAUACUGAAAGUCUAUAUAUAUAAAUACUUACAUGUGUGUGUGUAUAUAUAUAUACGUGUACAUAUAUAUAAAUAUACGCACACAUACGUAUAGGUGACUAAACUACGUAUAUGUGUGUAUGUAUAUAUAUGUGUAUAAUACGCAGAUUAAUUUUUAACGAUAGCAAUUGACGAUAUUGCUGCAUUGUUGUAAAGAGAGAAAGCGGAAGUGACUGAAAGACGUAUGCAAGAGUGUGAAAGUGAAAGAGAGAAUAGAGAGAACAAGAGAGAGAAAGUGAAGAGAGAAGCGAGAUUUAGACGGAGAGAAAGGGAGAACAUGAAUAAUUGACUCUUCGAACAACUAUACUCGUCGUUUGCCUGAUAUUUUCAUCACCGUUACCACUACAGAGACCACCAGUUUUUUGUUCUUUUCUUUGUCUUACUAUUAUCAUCAUGUCGCACCGUUUCGAAUCAUCUAGUAAAUAAAUUGUAAUAAUUGUGUAAAGAAAAAAAAUUAAUAAAGUAAUUUAAUAUGUAUAUAUAUGCAUAUAUGUAUGCGUGUGUGGUGUGCAUAUGUAUAUACGUGGAAAGAGCGAGCGAGCGCGCGAGAGAAAGAGAGAGUGAGAGGGAGAGAUAGAGAGAAACAACUCGCGAGACAAGUAUACGUAUAUUUAACCGCUGCUAUACCGAUCGAGCGAGAUUAGAGAUGGGUUUCUGUCGUUAAUUAAGCCACGAAUCAGUUAUUUUGCGUUCGAUUCGAUGCUUCGGACGAAGCUAGAAAAAUCGUAAUACGAUAUUCCUGUUGAGUAUCUUUGUGGAACAGAAAAUAAUCCGAUCAUGUAAGAAUUAGCGAACCACCGUGCUUCGAACGCGGAGUUAGAUCCCCGUCAUGGCUGUCCAUGAUAGCUCCGGUAGCUACUUUUAUUCGCAGCGGCUACUCUUUACGCCGAUUCCACGGAAAUUCCGAGAUGGACCAUUUAAUCGUAUCAUUCACGCGAAAGUAAAAAAGGAAAAAAAAAAAAGAAUCUUUUUCGAACCGCACGUUUUCGAACGAAUCGUGGCUGAAGUAGCAUAGUAAGCACUGUAUAUGUCCGAUAUUGUACGCUUGAUGAACAGCAAACGCUUGAAUUACGAUGAGUUGUAGUUUAUUGUUACGAUCAUUUCCAGAUUUGUACCGUUUUCUUUGUUCUUCGUAUCGUAGAACUAUAUAGCGACGAGUGAACUAAUCACUCGAAAAAGGAAAAAAAAAAAAAAGAAAAAAUACCGUAUCUGUAAGUUCGUUUCGUUGCGGAGAUAUUUCUAUACGAUAUAUAAUUAGAGAAUAUCUAACGAUAUUUCUAAGACAUGUUUUUAAAUUAUAAUAGUGAUUAAUUUAAUACGAAAUUCGUCAAUAAAUAAACGAAUCGCAUUUGCUUACGUUUUUAAUUGGUUCGAGUAAUCGUAGACGAAAAGAGAAUGUAUUCCUUUUUCUUUUUCUUUUUACGAGCAACUUCGUUUCCACAUGCAUGUAAAAUUUGAACAAACGACGCAAUAAAAAUUUCGUAUUAAACUUCACGCGUUACGCAGGUUUAAUUGUAUCAGUACUCUCUGUAAUCCUGGAAAAUUGAUGUUCUGCAAAGUGUCUCUUACGUUUGUCACGAACACCUUCUGUUACGAAUAAUUACGGACAAGUUGGAUCGAAAGAGUGACGGCGAAUCGACUAUGUAAGUUCGGACGUUUACCAAUCUCGCCGAUAGGCGCGACACUAUCGGCCGAACAUUCUCGCGCCAUUUUCUUACUUUCCCAUCGACAAAAAUCUCACGGUAUAUCGUUCCCGAUACACCUGAUCGAUCUGAGAGCUCGAUUAAUUUCGCGAACGAAUUCUGUCGUUUCCAUAAGAGCGUAUGCUUUCCGAACGGAUAAUAAAAUUGUAUCACGCUAUAGCGAGUAAGUAGUCGAUCGCAGUGGCAGAGCUUAUACUUCAUCCUAACCUACAGCGACUAAUCUAGACGUUGCUCCUUCUCUGGUCCAUCUUCGAGAACGUAUGUACCCGCGUGAUUGCAAGUCACAUCUGUACAACUAGAUUCAUAGUCUUAAGACUCGAUCAGCGCGUAUUUUCGAUCUCGAUCGCGCGAAAUCGUACAUGUACAUAGGGAACAGUGGAUGAGACUGUAACAGUGCCCAUCUUCGAGUCGCGGAAACGUAACGCGUUUCCGACCACAGUUUCGAGGAGAAAUACGGAGAAAGGCGAACCCGACGAAACCGAGUCUUCGAGAUUUUUUAGAAAAUGAAUUUUAGAGGCGGACCUUACGACACACGAUCGAAUUUUUAUAAGCUUUUUACUUUUGCACCACUAGCGUUUCUGUCCGUACCACUCUCUCGCGUUUUACCACCACAUAAGGUAAGAAGCGACAAAACCGACAAGGGAGAAAUUUGCGAAAAGCAGAGUACACCAUCGCUGACGAUCGAUAUUUAAAGACACUUCUACUAUUUUCGCGGUUUAAAGACAGCGAUUUCCCGAGAGACAAGGAGGAGAUAGGGUCGAGAUAUUUUUCGCGAAAAAAAAUGGAUUAAAAAGUGACCAAAAAAAAGAGAAAAAAAAGCAACAGUGGCAAUAUAAGCGGUAACGUAAGCGGUAAUAUCUCUCGUUUCUACGAUACGUGUAUAGCGGAGAUAUAGAUGGAGCCGCGCACGUGCUAUCUCUAGCGCGAUUCUGUCCCUUCGAGAUCGCCUUUUGUACGAACCUUUGUUUCUCCCGUGUAUCCCGUGUACGCUUGAAGAAAUCGCUUAUAGUACCAUGACUAUAGGACAUCCUCGUCAGAAGUGCAUAUCCCUGGCCCGACAGAAUCGACCAUUGUUAGUUUCUCGCGUUCCAUGGAAGAAAAUGUUCCUUGGUGUGGAACGGCGGCACGUCCUCAGCGUGAAUCGUCCGCGUUAUUCUUGUAAAGUUCUUUCUUUUUCAAUCCUGUCGAACGAUAUCCGAGUUCCAUGAUACUCGGGCCGGCCGUUAUUCGAUUUUCCGAAUGCGAUCAGUUUGUAAUUUCGCGUGGUAUUCACGCGGGAAUAAAGUUCCGUUCGGAAGAGUCGUAGUCGAUCGUUCUAUGCGAUCCUCUUCCCCGACUCUAUCGCUCUCUAUCGGAGACUUUCGGUACUUGGUUCGGUCACGUGAUGGACUAUGGCGGAAGAUUGCGACGGAGCGAUAGGUGGCCCGUGAACGAAGUAAGAAACGCGAAGGAACGGCGAAAGAACGGGAGCAGUGGAACGAGGAAGAGGAACGAAAGUGACUAUACGGUCAUUCGUCAGUGCGGGGCGAUUAUAGUCAUGUAACGACGCCGAUGAGAAACACACACAGUCGUCUGUGGAACGUGCGUUUAAUCCCUGCCGGUAUGGCUGCCUGCUAUAGUCGUCAGCUUAAGUCCGCGAAUCGUGAAUAGUCACGGAUAUCGAAUGCUCGUCGACUAUAACUAACGGUCUCGCGGAGCUUUUCACUGACUAUAGUUUCUUCUUUUAGGUCUAUACGUCGACCGUGAUCAUCUCUCUGCGCUGUCACCGGUUAUAGUCACCUAUUUCCAGCGACUAUAACCCGUUGCCGGGUGGAGCAGUGAACGCGUACAGACUGCAGUAGCUCGCAAGUCGAUUAUAGUCGCUGGUCUGUAUCCGCACGGUGACUGUAAUCGUUCACCGUGACGAUUAUAGUCCGGAACUAAAGUCUUUCACCUAAGUUAACUCGUCGGCUAUAGUCGAUGGCCUCCGGGUACUUGCCCCGGACUCUGCAGUCGGUUAUAGUCGGCCGCCAUUAUACGCUUACUUAAACUACGAGUUGAGUAUAGUCAGCGGUGAAGUAUGUAUCUAGGAUCUUGUUGACUAUAGUCAAUUUUCCGUGCUUGCUGUCGAAACUGUCGCGCAACGACUAUAGUCGGCCAGCCGAUAUACUUUUCAUCCGUCUGCCGACUAUAGUCGGCAGCCAUCGGAGCAUACACCCGUUCGUUGACCCGAUAAUAACUAUAACGACUCAGUGAACUGUAACAAUCUCGUUUUUACUAUACAUACCCCCGUAAAGUAAGCAACAAAACGUCCAUAACGCACUAUUAAUCAUCGACAGCACCGUUCACACCGACAACCGUAAACGCCAUGCCGGCAGGGUUACCGUUACUCGCGACUAUACUAGGGAAAAUUGUGUUAAUAUA